AUGAGGCUGCUUCAGCUUGCUCUCUUCGCGGCGUCUGCCAUCGGCGCCGCGACGGAGACCAAGAACGAACCGACGACAUUUGAAGGUGUAUCUGUUCCCCCAUUGCCCGAGUUUGCGCCGGCGACAUGGGGCACCGACGUCAACAAGACCAAGUUCACCGUUGUCAAGCAUUACAGCCCCUAUUGCCACCACUGCAUAGCUUUUGCGCCGGUAUUCCAGACCACUUACGAAUUCUACCAUACCCUGAAAUCUGGGGCCAAUAGCGACGACAAGAGCACCGUUGGCGAGCACCAUGGUCUGCAGUUCGCCGCCAUGAACUGCGUUGCCCACAGCGACUUUUGCUCUGAGCACGAGGUCAAUGCAUGGCCCCAGACUACACUUUUCAAAGAUGGGCAGAAAGUCAAGUCUCUGACUGGCCAACGAACUAUCGCCGAGAUUAGCGAAAUGAUUGAAAAGGCGCUCGAGGAGGACAAGCCCGGCUCCCGCCCGAAGGAACUUGCGCUGCCCGAAGCCGGUGCGACGGAAGCCCCCAAACCUGUCAAGAAGAUCCCGGCUGUUGCAAAGCCCGUGAAGAAGAUACCCGACAAUUACAACCUUGAUGGAGUCUCUGUGUCACUUACGGCUGAGUCGUUCCAGAAGCACGUUACUCUCUCCCAUGACCCGUGGUUUAUCAAGUUCUAUGCGCCUUGGUGCUCUCACUGCCAGGCCUUGAAGCCAACCUGGGAGCAGCUUGCCAAGUCCAUGCGCGGAAAGCUCAACAUUGGUGAAGUCAACUGCGACAAGGAGAAGCGCUUAUGCAAGGAUGUCCACGCAAAGGCGUUCCCUACGAUCCUCUUUUUCAAGGGAGGCGAGCGAGUCGAAUACAAUGGCCUUCGUGGCAUCGGCGAUUUCACCAAGUAUGCCGACAGCGCCAUUGAUCUCGCAAGUGGCGUACCCGACAUCGACGCUGCAGGCUUCGAAGAACUGGAGAAAACUGAAGAGGUGAUCUUUGUCUACUUCUACGAUCAUGCCGCUACUUCUGAAGAUUUUGCCGCUCUCGAGAGAAUCCCCCUGAGCCUCAUCGGCCACGCCAAGCUCGUCAAGACGAACGACCCUGAGCUCUACAAGCGCUUCAAGAUCACCACCUGGCCGAGAUUGAUCGUCUCUCGCGAGGGGCGCCCGACCUACUACACGCCUUUCACCCCCAACGAAAUGCGCGAUGUCCGUCGCAUCCUGGACUGGAUGAAGUCGGUCUGGCUUCCUCUCGUCCCCGAACUGACAGCCACCAACGCCCGCCAGAUCAUGGAGAACAAGCUCGUCGUCCUCGGCAUUCUGGAGAGAAAGGACGGCGACCCGGAGACCAUCCAGAGCUCGUUGCGCGAGAUGAAGAGCGCCGCGAACGAGUGGAUGGACCGCCAGAUUCAGGAGUUCCAGCUAGAGCGCAAAAAGUUGCGGGACGCCAAGCAGAUGCGUAUUGAGGAGGCCGAGGACCGCAACGACGAGCGGGCCCUGCGCAGCGCCAAAUCCAUCCGCAUCAACAUGGACAGCUCGAACCGCAAGGAGGUGGCUUUUGCCUGGGUGGAUGGCAUCUUCUGGCAGCGCUGGCUACGCACCACGUACGGCAUCGACAUCAAGGACAAGGACGGCGAGCGCAUCAUCAUCAACGACGAGGCCCGCCGCAAGUACUGGGACACCACCGCCACCGGCAACCACAUCCUCGUCAGCCGCACCUCCAUCAUGGAGACGCUCGACAAGAUCGUCUACGGCCCCCAGGUCAUCAAGCCCAAGCUGACCGUCUCCUUCAUCGAAAAAGUCUUCUUCGACCUCCGCGUCACCCUCCGCGACCACCCCAUCCUCUCCCUCCUCAGCGUCUGCGGCUUCGCCUACGCCGCUCUCACGUGGCUCCGCACCCGCAAGGGCCGUCGUGGCGGCGGCCACUUUCGCCUGGAUGACUCCAUGGGCAGCGGCAUGCGCGAGUUCAAGGACGGCAUCCUCGGCGGCGGGGGGAACACCAAGGCUGACUAA